AAUUUAAAUAUUGUUAAAGUGUGCUUGGGAAGAGACAGACAAGCCCUGAUUGAAUUAAAUGGACAAUUAAACCGCAUUCAACAUUUAAGUGUCUCUUUGAGAACACUAUAGAAAUUACCACAGUUCAUUCAACUCUCAUGACUCCAGGCUGAAAUGUUUUUUUUUAACUACUGUUGAGCAGCAGGAUAAAAAUAUUCUAGUGACAGUAAAUAUGUGAAAACAAAACUUUAUCAGGUUUAAGAAGAGUUGUUAUUUAUGUUUUUCUUUAGGGGAAUUCAUCAUUGGCCGAGUCAUUAAGGCAAUGAACAAUAGUUGGCACCCAGAGUGUUUCUGCUGUGACAUUUGCCAGGCUGUGCUUGCAGACGUGGGAUUUGUCAAAAAUGCUGGGAGGCACCUUUGUCGUCCCUGUCAUAACCGUGAGAAAGCUCGCGGACUGGGCAAGUACAUCUGCCAGAAGUGUCAUGCCAUCAUUGAGGAGCAGCCGCUGAUCUUUAAGAACGACCCCUAUCAUCCAGACCACUUCAACUGCAGCAACUGUGGAAAGGAAUUGACAGUGGAUGCAAGGGAGCUGAAGGGAGAACUUUAUUGUUUACCAUGCCAUGAUAAGAUGGGUGUUCCAAUCUGUGGAGCCUGCAGGAGACCAAUAGAAGGUCGCGUUGUCAAUGCGAUGGGCAAGCAGUGGCAUGUGGAGGUUU